CGCCUCCUGCCUAGCCUCUGCCUGCCGCUCACUCGUGGAGAGCGGGUGACCGGGGCGGAGCCGGCGACUCCGAGGCCAUGAGGAGGCCCAACAUCCUGCUGACGGGUACACCAGGGGUUGGAAAGACCACACUAGGUAAAGAACUUGCAUCAAGAACAGGACUGACAUACAUUAAUGUGGGCGAUUUAGCACAAGAAGGACAGUUAUAUGAUGGCUUUGAUGAAGAAUAUGAAUGUCCCAUUUUGGAUGAAGACAGAGUAGUUGAUGAGUUAGAAAAUAAAAUGAAAGAAGGUGGAAUUAUUGUUGAUUACCAUGGCUGUGACUUCUUCCCUGAACGAUGGUUUCAUGUAGUUUUUGUGCUUCAAACAGAUAAUUCUAUAUUAUAUACAAGACUUGAAAAGAGGGGAUACAGUGUAAAGAAACUACAGGACAACGUUCAGUGUGAAAUUUUCCAAGUUCUUUAUGAAGAAGCCAUGGCCUCCUACGACUGUGAAAUAGUACACCGGCUGCCCAGCAAUGUACCAGAAGAACUAGAGAAUAAUUUAGAUCAGAUAAUGAAAUGGAUUGAGCAGUGGAUAAAAGAUAAUAAUUGAACCUUGAGGGCAAAGCAUUGAACUUUCAAGGUUUUCCACAUGAUAGUUAAAGAUUUUCUUGAUGAUUUCUCCUUCCCUAUGCAGUAGAAAUUAAGACAACAUACACCAAAUUUUACUAUCCAGGCUUGUGUUGUAGAAGUAGCAGGUGGACAAAAUAUAAAGUUGUUAUGACUAACUUAUUUUUUUCUCCAUGAGAAAACUGAAAACCCCCAAAUACAAUGAAUAAGAUAGAAUAAGAUAUUAAGAACUUUUAAAGUUUAGGAAUAUUUAGCAUUCUCAUUUAUAAAUAAGAAUAAGCUAAAGAAUAAGCAAAUUUGAGAAAAUAGGUAGAAAUCUUUAAUACUUGACAUGAAAAAGAAAAUGAAGGCUAGGACGAACUGCUGACUUAGAAGUUUCCUUAAGAGUCUAAGGAUAAAGCUAUAAAGAUUACAUUAAGUGUUCUAUUGGUGAAUUGCUGGUUUGUUGUCGUUUUUUUUUUUUUUUUUUAAUCUUGGAAGUUGGUUAUAAAUUAGGAUAGUCAUGGAGUAAAUGGUGAGAUCUUUGAGAAAAUAGCAUUUUUUUUUCUUUAGUACAAGAGUUCACUGAACUCUUUUGCCCAUAAAAUCACUGCUGAUCCUAGCAUUGAUAUUUGUCUUUGCAGAAGAGUAAGCCAGUCACAUUUUCCAUAAAAAGAAGGGCAAUGGCAAAGUCUUCUGUGCACCCAUGGAAACUAAAUAUUAAUUUAUUGGUUGACUAAUUUCAGUCUUGCUAAGUUUCAUGAAAAUUCAUGAGAUAAUGCUUUGCUGCCAUAUAGGUGGUGGUAAUUAUUAGAUAAAAUUUUUAAAUAUAGUGAUUGUGUAUUUCAUGAAGAUUGUUUAACACUGAUAACUAGCACUUUUCCUCCCCCUUUUAAAAGUAUAUUUCUAUGCCUUA